AUGAUCUUUGAAGACUAUUUACAAGAAAAGAGGCUUCGCCAUCCACAAAAUAGCGAAGAACUUGCUUCAGUUCUCAAGUGCUUCAACGCUGAAGUGAGAAAAAAAGAUGGGUCGGAAUACACAAAAAAUUCGCUGUGUUCAAUAAGGUUUGGACUGAAUAGAUACUUUAAGUCUCUUUUCAACAACGACAUCAUCAAAGACAAAGAAUUUGACGAAGCAAACAAAGUGUACGAGGCCCAAUGCGUAGCUUUAAAGAAACGAGGACUUGCCAAAACAGAACACAAACCACCAAUAGCCGACGAAGAUAUCAAGAAACUCUAUGAAAGCGGCGUUUUCAAUACAGACAGUCCAGCCACUCUCCAAAACAAAGUAUUCUUUGAGAUUAUGUUCUUCUUCUGUCGUCGAGGAAGACAGAAUCUUCGCGACCUGAAGAAAGACGAUUUCGUUAUUAUAACGAACCCACAAGGACAGCGAUGUGUUGUAAAAAAAACAGACGAACUCACGAAAAACCACCGCGUAAACGACGCUCAAGCUGAAGAAGGGGGAAUGAUGGUUGCCAAUGGCAGUCCUUACUGCCCUGUGCAUUCGUUCGAGAAAUAUUUAAAUCAUCUUAACCCCGUCAACGAGUUUCUUUUCCAAAGGCCGAAGUAUAAUUGUCCUGUUGAGCGGGUAAUUUGGUAUGACAAUAUGGUCGUCGGGCAAAACACACUUGGCAAGAAGAUGAAAGCGUUGUCAAAACAAGCAAAGCUUUCUGUUGAAUAUACCAACCAUUCGAUUCGAGCAACAACAAUUACUAUCCUCGACAGAAAUGGCUAUGAAGCCAGACACAUUAUGUCAGUAAGCGGUCACAGGAGUGAAAGCAGUUUAAAGAGCUACACUAAAACUGACGAUUUAACAAAGAGCAAAAUGGCCGGUUGCUUGUCUUCUGUAAUUGAUUCCAGCGAACAUUACGUAGCUGAGACUCCGACUCGUAAUGAUAAAAACACUAACAUGUCUGCCCUGACUUCUGUGAAUGAAGAUGAAACUGAGCUUCUUUUAACAAACUCACAAGAGGAAUCAAUUUUGCGGGAUUUCUGCAUCCAAACGACUACACAAACAUCAAAACAGUUCAAUUUUUACAACUGUCAAGUUCAGUUCAACUAA